UGGGUACUGGAAGGCAGGAGACAUUGAGCAAACAUCGGCGACCAUAUCGUUUAGAUCUAAAAUCAUACCAGAGUUGUAUGUAUGAGAUUCCUCAUGUCUCCUCUUGUUUCUAUAUAAAUUGGGUUCUAAACCAUGGGAAACCCAUCGCUCCGCAAGCCUAAUUUGUACAGAGUUUUGUGCUAGCCCUUGCGUUUCUUGGGAAAAAAAGAAGAAAUGGCUCCCUCUCCAAUGCAUCCUAAAGCUUCACGCCAUACUCGUUCCGUCAGUUUGCCCUCCAGAUCUCAUCCUCUGACUCUUCAAGUUGAGAGGCAAUUACACAGGCUAAGGGCUUCAGAAGCCAACUCGUCAUCAAUGUGCUACAACUUUGGUGGCCUCGAAGAUUUAUAUGAUGGCAUUAAUGAUUUACUUCAUUUGCCAUUGACCCAACAAAAAUUAGCCCAAGAACAAGGAGAGAAAUGGGUUGAUGAGGUGUUGGAUGGAUCUCUCAGGUCACUGGAUGUGUGUGGUACAGCACAGGAUGUUCUUUCACAGAUGAAAGAAUGUGUGACAGAGCUCCAAUCUUCCCUCCGUAGAAGAAGAGGGGAAUCUGGUCUAGCAAACGCAGUUGAAGCAUACAACAUGUCCAGAAAGAAGGUGACUAACAUCAUCAGCAAGAGCCUCGGAGAUCUAAGGAAAGUACAGAAGCAGCGUGCAUUUUCCUCUCUCUUGGACAAAAACCAUGAUGUAGUUGCCAUGGUUAGUGUGCUAAGAGAAGUAGAAGCAAUCACCCUCUCCAUGUUCGAGUCCUUGCUGUCGUUCGUAUCUGGGCCAAAGGCGAUGUUGAGGUCUAAUGGUUGGUCUAUUGUUUCCAAAUUGAUUAACAAGAAAUGUGUGGCAGAAGCUGAUGACGAGAUGGAGAGAUGUGAACUUGCAAUGGUGGAUGUCACAUUAGGCGCCUUCCUUGGCCACAAGAUAAACAGAGACUUUGAGUUGAGGCAUGUUGAAGCACAGAAGCGAUUGGAGACAUUGGAGUUGAGCAUCCGGGAUCUUGAAGAUGGAAUGGAAUGUGUCUUCCGGAGUUUGAUCAAAACCAGGGUCACCCUCCUAAACAUCCUCAGCCAGUAGCAUACUUUUCCAUGGAAAUACUCAACCCUUUUUGUCUUCCAUCGGCUUCCCCAUAUUUUUUCUAGGGAAUUGCCUUUGGAUUCACUUUGCACAUGCAAAAGGAAUUCAUGCAUACAGUAUUCUGAUUAAAUACAUACUUCAGCACAUAGAAAUAUUGAAAGCA